AUGCAUUUAGAUCCAAUUUAAUUAUAGGUUCUCUAACUCCAAUAUAUAAAUUUAGCGUUAAAUAAGGUUAAGUGCCUUUUCAAGGAUAUUAAUAUAGUUAAUUAAUUAUUUUAUUAAGUGCUUUCAUUAAAAUUUUACUAUUUAAUAUAAGGAGAGUAAUUUGAAUAAGAUUUUACAGUUAAGAGUUAUGAUGGAAUAGCCUAAAUUUAUGUGGAAGAAAUUUAAAUAUCUAAUAGUUACUUUGAAACUUAUAUAGGAUAUAAAAGAUCAUAAAUACAGUAUUCAAGAAUGGAUAAGUAAUAUAGGGUAACUUGA